AAUGAAACACCGUCAAAAGCAGAAACAUAACUCUUAAUUAUACAUAGUCGAAAAAAUUGUAGACAGACGUUAUGAUCCUGUUUCAAAAGAAUUAUAAUAUUGUAUUAAAUGGGAAGGUUAUAGUGAAGCAGAAAAUACUUGGGAACCUUUGAGAAAUCUAAAGAAUGUUUUAUCCGAAAUUGAAGAAUUCGAAAAUUAAUAGCUCAAUAAGAAAUAAAAUAUGUCUCUCAAAAUAGAUAAUAAAAAACUCAAAUAAUUGCUUCUCAAUAAAUUAACUCAUUUUCUUGAGAAAAUAGCCCUUAAACCAUAAUAAUAAUUAAAAGAAAUAAGUCUAAGCGAUUAUGAGAGUUCUUGUGAGGAAGUAUAACCAAAAAAAAGACAAUUAGAUGCCUAGUCUAAAACUAUUCCAGAUCAAUUCUAGCAAAAAUCUUCAAUCCUAACACAAGGUUACCAUUUGUGCCCCUAAAUUUGUGAAUCUAAUAUUGAUUUUUGA